AUGGCCGCCAUGGGCCCAGCACCGCUCAGCAGGGUGGCGGCGUUCGCCGCGCCUUCGGCGCUUGCCGGCGCGAGCAGCAUGGGCGCGGCCUCCGGGAUCGGCUUCAAGACAGGAGGCGCCCAGGACGUAUCCAAUUUCCGGGAGAACAUUAAGUCCGGGAAGCUUCCCAUCCCGACUGACGUGACGUAUGAGGGGCUCGUGAAGGAUUACUACUUUGACACCAGGAGCAGCGACGACCCCAAGUGCGCAGACCUCUUCUGCCCCACCUACUCCCUCGCCCUCGCGCCCGACCCCGUUGUUGCGGCGGCUUCAAAGGGCGCAGCGAAGGCCGCGGCGCAGCCCAACGAAGUAUUCCUCGCCGUCGGCCUGGACUCGGGCCUGACAAACUUCACGCGCCCCAAGCUGAACUUGGUGAUCGUCCUGGACGUGUCGGGGUCAAUGGACAGCUCAUUUGACGAAUACUACUACGACAGGUUUAGCAACGGCAAGAAGCGGCUCAGCGAGGCGGACAAGUCCAAGUCCAAGCUGGACGUGGCCAAGGAGGUCCUGCAGGGCAUGCUGGACAAGCUGCGGCCAGAUGACUCAGUGGCCAUCACCCUUUUCUCCAGCAACGCGGCCACGCCCAAGAAGAUGGGCAAGUGGGGCAGCGCCGACAAGGAGGCCGUGCAGGCAGGCGUCGGCGCCCUCAAGACCGUCUCCAGCACCAACUUCCAGGCGGGGCUGGACCAGGCCGUGACGAAUAUGCGGAGCUACACCGACUGCUUCGGCGGGGACCCAUCCACCACGGAAAACCGCAUCAUCGUCCUCACAGACGCCCAGCCCAACGAAGGAGACAUUACGGAUGAGGGGCUCUUGGCGCGGAUGAAGGCCAACGCUGGCGACGGGUUCUACAUGACAAUGGUUGGCAUCGGCCUGGACUUCAACACCAAGCUGGUGGAGAGCAUCCUGAAGGUCAAGGGGGCGAACUACUACUCAGUGCACACACCAGGCGAGUUCAAGCAGCGCCUGGCGGACGAGUUCGACUCCAUGGUGGCGCCCCUGGUGUUUGACCUGUCGCUGGCGGUCGACUCCUCGAGCCUGGCGCCAACCAAGGACGGCAGCCAGCAGGGCGGGUGGAAAAUCGUGAACGUCUACGGCAGCCCGGACGCUGCGGGCGGCAAGCCAAGUGACGGCAAUAUCUUGAAGGUGCUGACUCUGUUCCCGACGCCCAAGACCGAAGAGGGCAUCAAGGGCGGGGUGGUCCUGCUGCGCGUGCAGCCUCCCCCUGGCACCACCAUUGCCACAGCGCCCCCGCUGAAGCUGUCGGCCCAGUACACCGACAGGUCUGGCAAGAAGUUCACGACCGCCAGGACAGUGCAGGUACCUGCUGCGGCGAAGAGCGGCGCCGCCUACUUCCAAUCGAGCGGCGUGAGGAAGGCCGUGGCGCUGGCCCGCCUUUCGGACGCGCUGCAGCUCUGGUUGGUGGAAGAGAACGCCAAGCAGGCGCCGGCCAGCAAGGUGACGUUUGCCGACAGGUGUGACAUCAUCUUCAACUACGCAGGCCUCUGGACGCCGCCCCCGAUCUGGCCGGGCCGCGUGCCCCGCAUCCGCAUUGGCUGCCCCUUGGUGCCGUUCGCGCUCGGCCGCUGGGAGCGCCAGUCGCGCGGGCUGGCGGUCGGCCGCGACGCGCGGGACGCGCUGCAGCCGGUGCUGCAGUUCGUGAAAUCGGAGCAGGCGGCGGUCAAAGACAGCACCAUGAAGCAGGAGGUUGACCUGCUGCAGAAGCUCGUUGACCUCAAGUCAUAG